AUGCCACACUCACCUGCUCAACUGAGAAAGCAUUACCAUGGUAAAGGGAAAAGAAAGGGCCGAGGCAAGUCCCGUGGGAAAAAGCAGAAGAAACCGGAAGUGGACAUCUUCAGCCGCGCCGCGAUGCUGAACCUCUACUACAUCGUCCACAACGUCGCCGGCUGCCUGCACCUGCGCGGCUUCCGCUGGCCAGGCGCUACCAAGUCAAAGAAGGGGAAAAACAAGACUUAA